CCCAUCCCUUAACUUAGCCCAAUCCAUCCAUGUGUAUUCUGUAGACAAAAAAACCAAACGGAAGAAAAGGGUGCAAGUGCCGAUCGAACUUAGAAGAAACCCAGAAACGUCCGACCGGAAGAAACAAGAGACUAGAGAACCGAGUCGCCGCCUCCACCGCCGGACGCCGAGUCGCCGACCUGCACGCCUCCACCCUCCAGGUUAGGUUCUUAAUCUGUGUAAAACAGAGGGAAGGCCCUAAUUUGAGAGGGAGACACCGGAAGUUUAAAUUUAACCAGAAAAAAGAACUCACAAACAAGAAACUGAGCACUGGUAAAGAAUCAAGGUCCAACAAUGUCGUAUGAUGACGUGGAGAUAGAGGAUAUGGAAUGGAACGAGAAGCUUGAAGCAUAUACAUACCCUUGCCCGUGUGGAGACUUGUUCCAGAUAACGAAACAUGACCUAAUGCUUGGGGAGGAGAUUGCUACAUGUCCAAGUUGCUCACUUUACAUUACUGUCGUCUACAACCCCGAAGAUUUUCAAGCCAAACAGGCCACGCAACCCCAUGUUCCUCCUGAAUCGCUGCCUGUUGCUGCCGCUUGAGUUGCCACUUGGGUCACAAACUCUUGGCUACUUUUCUUAAAUUGAAUUAGGUUAUGAAUUAGGUUAUGCAGGUUAUAUGUUUUUGUAUGACUGUUUCUUUUAGUAAUGUGCUGAAAUCGGAGAAUCUUUUUCAUGUUCUUUUGCCCACUUUUCUACCGUAAUCCGUCGUUGAUGCGCUUUCAUUACAUAUUACUGCAUUUUCUUGUGUGGUGUUCUAUUCAUAUGUUCCAUAUCUCACUCUUGGUUCAGUCGAAAAGAAAAAGACCCCGUAUUG